GUUUAUUUGAACGUGCGGCUUCUCGUAGAUCCACGUGUUUUAUUAAUAUAUAUGAUUUAUUUUGUUUGAAAGUAUUUGUCAUGUAUUGAAAUAUAUUGAAUAAAGCUUGCGAAAUAUGGAUGACAAUAACUUUUCAAGUGACAGUGAGGUAGCUGAAGAUGCCAAAAAAGUUGAAAAUCUUCAGCAAAAAAGAAAACAACCAAAUUCCAUAGUUAGUAGAAAGAAAAGAAAAGAUGAUAAAGAAAAAUUACCCACAGCUGAAGAAUUAAAUAAUUUAAAAGAAACGGAAACUUUGUUUCAUUCCAGUCUUUUUCGUAUGCAGAUUGAUGAACUUCUUAAAGAAAUAAAAAUAAAGACUAAAUGGAAAAUAGAAAUGGAUGAAUGGCUUGAAAAAUUAAAAUCCAUUCUCACUCAGUUAUCAGAAUCUGAGACAUAUCAGAUUAGUGAUCAGAGUUGGAUCAAAAAGAUAAAGGUACCAAUAAUUCAAAAACCUGAUUUGGACAAAGGAAUUUUUAAAUUUUUACCACCAUCUGACAUUAAACUAAUAGGAAGUUAUCCAUUAGAUUUAUUGUGUUUGCCAAAUGCUACUGUAGAUAUUGCUAUUGAAAUUCCAAAGGGAUGUUGGCAAAAAAAUGAUUAUUUGAAUCAUAGGUAUCAUAGAAAAAGAUCUCUGUAUUUAGUUUAUAUUGCUUCUCAAUUAAGAAAAACUGAUUUUAUUGAAGAAAUGAAAUUUUCCUAUCAUUGUGGUGAUCAUAUGAAACCCGCUCUAAUUCUAGUACCUAAAGGAAAACUGGGUACAAAAUUAAAAGUUAAAUUGCUUCCAUAUCCAUCCAAAGAACAUUUUAAAUUAAUAAGAUUCAUCCCAAAAACCAACAAUGUUAGAAAUUCAUGGUUUUUUGAAGAUAAAAGUAUAGAAGAACAAACUCCUACACCACAUUAUAAUUCUAGUGUUUUGAUGGAUCUUUUAAUGGUGGAUACCAUGCAAUAUUUAUCUGAAAAGCUAAAAGAUAACCAGAAUUUAAAAGAUGGAAUUUUACUGUUAAAGGUUUGGUUACAUCAAAGAAAUAUAAACCAGGGGUAUGGAGGAUUUUCAAACUUCAUCAUAACGAUGCUUGUCUGUUAUCUACUGACAAAUCAGAAAAUUAACAUACUAGUCAGUUCUUAUCAAUUAGUGCGAAAUGCCUUGUUAUACCUUUCUGACAAUAGUUUGUUGGAAAAAGGAAUUUCUUUAAAGAAAAAUACAGAUUUAAACUUUUUCUCUGAAGUGUAUCAAGUAACAUUCUUAGAUUUCUCAGGAAAUUUAAAUUUUUGUUCUUGGAUGACAAAGGAAAUAUUGAAAAGAGUUCAACAUGAAGCCAAGUUAAGUUUGUCAGCAUUAGAUAGUUGUAUGUCUGAUAGUUUUGACACACUCUUCAUGAAGCCUAUAGAUUUUUAUCAAAAAUUUGAUCACAUCUUACACAUUAAAACAUAUGAUUUGAAUAAGACAAUAAAUCAUCUUCAAUUACAAAAUGAAAUUCUUGAUUAUGGAGGAAAUUUUAUUGCUGCUGUUAUUCCACAUUUUGAAGGAUUAAUAAAUAGAAGUUGCAAAAAUAGAAUUGUUUUAUUGGAUAAAAUUUUAUGGAAUCCUAAAGAGUGGAAAAUUACAGUUUCACCUCCCAGCCCUAACGAUGUUAAUGUUGUGACUUUUGGAAUAUUGUUAAAUCCUGAAAAUUAUAAUAAAACUGUGGAAAGAGGUCCUUGUGCAGAUCUUCCUGAGUCUAAAGAAUUUAGAGACUUUUGGGGAGAAAAGUCUGAAUUGCGACGAUUUCAAGAUGGUGUAAUAUGUGAAGCUGUGGUCUGGCCAGGAAAAUCUUUUUCUGAAAGACAAAGAAUUUUAUAUCACAUUAUUGCUCACACAUUAAAAAUGCAUGCAUAUUUAGAUGAAACAUCUAUACAUUAUCUUAGCAACCAGUUAGAUUCUGUACUCAUGCAUCGAUGUGCACCUGUUUUUGAAGAUUCUACUCCAUACAGAACUGGAGAAGAAAUUAAUCUAGAUUUACUUCUAAAAUAUAAUGAAUUAAGCAAAGAAUUGAGAAAAUUGAAAGAUAUUCCAUUAACAGUAUCAUCAGUACAAGGAAUGUCAGCUGCUCUCCGAUAUUGUGAGAUCUUUCCACCAAUUCCACACCAACCUCACAUCGAUAAUAGGAUAGUGGGCUCUUUAGGAAACAGUCUAAUAUUGAAAGAAAAUGCAGGAAUGGCUCCUCAAUGGGUUCAACCUAUGGAAGUAUUGUUACAUAUGGAAACUAGUGGAAAAUGGCCUGACGACAUCGAUGCUAUUAAACAUACAAAAGCAGCUUUUUAUAUAAAAUUAGCUGAAAUGUUAAAAUCUCAGUUUAUGUUAAUAUCUGUUCCUUUUACAGAAUAUGUGGAUGUAUUAAAGGAUGGAUAUGUGUUCAGAUUAUCAAUAGCUUGUCAUAAGGAAAUUAAUUUAUUGAAACAAACAAUAAAUGCUCAAGGAAUGAUUAAAUAUGAAAAUAAUGAGGAGUCACAAAAAUUAGAAAAGAAAAUUAUUCAUCUGCCAAAGCUUUCUAGUUAUAUUUAUGGCUUACAGCAACAGAAUAAUAUUUAUGGUUCUGCCUGUCGGCUGGCAAAACGUUGGAUAUGUUCUCAGUUGUUAAGUGAUUUUAUAUCAGAUCCCUGUGUGGAAUUAUUAAUGGCUUAUAUAUAUCUAUCACCAUUUCCAUUUUCUACACCAAACUGUCCUCAAGUUGCUUUUUUACGUUUUCUUCAUCUUCUUCAUACAUAUGACUGGAAAUCCUCAGCAUUAAUUGUAAAUUUUAAUCAAGAACUAAAGGGAGAAGAAUGUUCAGAAAUUCAAUCUAAGUUUACUCUUAAUCGUUCCACUUUACCUGCAAUGGUUAUUGCUACACCAUUUGACAAAGAUGGAAUUACUUGGACUAAACCAUCUCCUAAUGCAAUUAUCCUUCACCAUUUAAUAAAAUUAUCAAAGAAUGCUUAUAAAACGCUUCAUGACCACUUUAUUAACUGUGAACCAUGUGACACUAAGCAAAUAUUUCGUCCUCCCAUUGGUCUCUAUGACAUCAUAAUACAUUUAAAUCCUUAUUAUGUGCCAAAAUAUUAUCAGGCCAUCGACAUCACUUCAAAAUUCAAUCCACCCAUUUACAAAAAAUAUAAAUAUGUUAAUAAUGAAAAGAUGCCGAUAGUUAAUUUUGAUCCAGUUCUCUGCUACUUGAAAGAAUUAAGGGCUUGCUUUGAAGAGAUAGCACUUUUCUUUUAUGAUCAUUGUGGUGGUGAUGCAAUAUAUGUAUUAUGGAAACCUAAAGCUUUUGAAGCACAGGAUAUCAAGGUGUCAUAUCUUAGCUGUCGAAAAAUACGUGAAAUGCAACCUCCAAAAGUCAUUUUAAAUGUGGAAGCUAUUAUUGAAGAUUUCAGUAUUCUUGGUUCUGGUCUGGUAAAUUUUGUUGAAACAAAAGCAGACAAAUGGAAAAUAACUUGAAAAUUUUCAUGAAAU